UUAAUCCACACUGCGGCCACUCUUCUUCGCGAGCCUCCACUGACCACGCUCCUUGCCGUCGCGGCUUGCAAACCCUAACCGAGCUCGCGGCGGGGGCGGGGGCCGGCGCGAGCGCGAAAGAGAGGAUCCAUGGAAGGUGGCCGCAAGAGGGGGAAGGCGGACGGCGCCAACGGGGCCUCCGCCGGCGGGAAGCGCGCGCGAGAAUCGGAGUCAUUUCAAACCGGUGUAGGAAGCAAAUCGAAGCCAUGCACCAAAUUUUUCAGUACUGCUGGUUGUCCCUUUGGUGAGGGCUGCCAUUUCCUCCAUUACUUCCCUGGCGGCUACCAGGCAGUUGCAAAGAUGACCAACCUGGGUGGCCCAGCAAUGGCACCACCUCCGGGAAGAAUGCCGAUGGGUCCUGCUGCUCCUGAUGGGCCACCUACACCCACCAUGAAGACUCGCUUGUGCAACAAGUAUAACACUGCAGAGGGAUGCAAAUGGGGGGACAAGUGCCACUUUGCACAUGGUGAAAGGGAGCUCGGCAAGCCUAUGUGGAUGGAUAGCUCAAUGCCGCCCCCCAUGGGACCAAGGCCCACUGGUCACUUUGCACCUCCGCCAAUGGCCAACCCUGGCAUAACCACUCCAGCAAGCUUCGGUGCUUCUGCCACAGCCAAGAUCAGUGUUGAUGCGUCCCUUGCAGGUGUCAUCAUCGGAAGGGGUGGAGUUAACACAAAGCAGAUAUCCCGAGUCACUGGGGCCAAGCUGGUCAUCCGGGAUCAUGAAUCAGACGCCAGCUUGAAAAACAUUGAGCUUGAGGGCACCUUUGAUCAGAUUAAGAAUGCUAGCACUAUGGUUAGGGAACUGAUUGUCAGCAUCGGCGGCGGUGCCCCUACACUGGCCAAGAACCCAGCUGGAGGACCUCACCGUGGCCAAGGGAGCAACUUCAAGACCAAGCUGUGCGAGAACUUCGCGAAAGGAUCAUGCACUUUUGGUGACAGAUGCCACUUUGCUCAUGGUGAAAAUGAGCUGCGCAAGCAUACUUGAUGACUGAUGAUGGGAUUUUCUGACUUGUUUAGGCCUACGCUAUUGAUUGUUCCACUGGAUUUCUUCAUGUAUGUUAUUCUGUGCUCUGUUUUGGUAGGCUGCUUCUGCUACCACUUUUUAACAUGUUAAGUGUCUACGCUUUUGCUAUCUCCGUGGAUCCAGAAUUUCUGACAAUAACCCAUUUGUCUGAAUGGGUAAACAGAAACACUGCAUUCCUGGUUGGUAGCCUGGUAUUUUUGUUUUC